CGCAUCCCGCUGCCCUGGGUGUCGGGGACCUCGGCAUCCACACCGGUGGUGGCGGGCAUGGUGGCACUGAUCAAUGACCGGCGACUGCAGCGGGGGCUGCCACCCCUUGGCUUCCUCAAUCCCGCACUCUACCAGCUGCAGGAGCGGGGCCUCAGCACUGCCUUCUAUGAUGUCACCCAGGGCUGCCACUUGUCCUGCCUGGACGGCACUGUGCAGGGCCAGGGCUUCUGUGCCAGCCCCGCCUGGGACCCUGUCACCGGCUGGGGCACCCCCAACUUCCCGAGCCUGCUGCGGGCCCUGCUGCUGCACUGACCGGGACACUGUGACUGGGACAGGGGGACUGGGACAGUGGGACACUGGGACUGGGACAGGGGGACU